AACUGCUCCAGAUGGACGGCUUGUAUAAACCGCUCUCUUGAGUGAGAAAACAUUUUCCGGGAUUUCCCACGUGGAAAAAGUGUUUCCCAAUUGGUUUUUGAAAUAGGGGUGGUGGCGACUGCUAGCCGUUACCCGGCAAUUUUUUUGAAUCUCUGCAAUUCCUUUAUCGAUGGAACCCUAUUUCUUGCUUUCGCAGUGAAGACAUCCUAAGCAUAGUAAAUCUUACUUUUUUCCAUUAGAAAUUAGGGUUCUUAGUCGUUUCAUUUGUCGUAAAUCAUGCUUCCUCCCUGUAAAAUUAGGGUUCUUUUGUGUAUCUUGGAUUUUAGGUUUCUUUGUUACCAAACUGUAACAUCUGUCCGACCCUUUCCAAAUUAGGUUUUUUCUUUCUUUUUGCAUCUGGGGUUCAUACGAGGUUUCUCACCCUGAUGGCCUCCACUCGGAAAAUUUGGGUUUUGCUUUAAUGGUAAAACCCUAACCCUAGUGCAUAUUUCUAGCCUUUUAGAUUAGCUCUUUUCAGGUAAAUUUUUUCUCUCUGAUUUCAAAGAAUCGAUGACAAUAGAUACUCUAUUAUCAGGAUGGAUCAUGGAGUUCCUUCUUGAUCAACGAGUUGAGGAUUGGGUGAUCAAUAGCCUCAUUUGUGUACUCCCCCUCUCUGAUAGAAACUUGUUCUUGAAGAAAUUGAUCCUCCUUCAAAGAAUAUCCUCUGAUAUGUCCAAGGGUUUAAUCACAGAGAGAAUUCUUGACUCUCUCGAGAUGAUGUCAGAGCUCGAAAGGGGAAAUCAAGUUUCUGAAAAUUUUAGGGUUUCUUUGAGUGAUGCCUAUGUUGCAGUUGCAGCAGAGUGCUCUGUGAGGUUCUUGAGAGAAGAAAGUGUCAAUAGUAAGGAGUACUUGGAAACCCUAAGAAGAAUUUGGGAGGAGAGGAUUGCUCAUAUAACGAAUGAAGAUAAUGGGGGUUUUGUAUCAGCUCGAUUGAAGGAGUUGAGGGUUGAAUUUGAAGCAGCAGUCGAUCAACCUCAUUCUAUAGCCUCUCUUUUAAGUGCAUAUAAAUAUCGGGAUGCUUUAAAUUCAUUGAAUAGGUUAUUGGCCGUAGCUAGGAACGAGAUGGGGCCCAGUUUUCUUGAACUAGCAGCUGAAGCUGCAUGUAUGGAGUCGGGAGAUUUGUUAAUAGAGGGUGAAGAAGGCCAAAUUAUGGAGAAAGUGGGUAAUGAUGAAGAAUUGGCUGAUUUGGAUGCUGUUGGUAUGGCUUUAGAUAAUACUCAUAAGACGGGGGUGCCAGUCAAUGAGGAGCUUUCUACACCAUCCAUAGAUAUGCGCAAAAGAGGUUCCUUUUCUAGGGAAGAAUUCGUUCUAGGUGAACAUCUGAUGGAAGGCAUGGUGGUUGUGGAGUCGCGAAGGAAUCGAGUGUUGGGAAAAGAAGAUUGUAUCCAUGCAACUAUGCACAGUACUCAUAUAAAGACAGUGUUUGAAGAUCCGCUACCAGAUGCCCGACAAACGGCAGCACAAUUAGGACAAAGAUCCACCACAUGGACCAUAGAUCGAACUGAUGAGAGUUCUGAAGAUAUUCUGAACCAGAUCGAUGUGGAGAAACGGCUGCCUCUGAAUGCUGAAACAGGCGAUAAGGAAAGUUCUAUGCAUUCUCAAAGGAAUCAAAUGUCAGGAAAAGCAAAACUUUUGCAUACAAAGACACAUACCAAUCUUAUAGAGGGGAACAAAUAUGAUCGUUUUUUGACACCUGAAGUAUCUAAAGUACAAGAAGCUCUUAAAAGAAGUUCACUAAAUUUGCAAACGGUGGUUGAAGAUCCUCUACCAAAUGCACUAGAAAUAGCAGCACAAUUAUCAAUGGAAUCGAAAACAGAUCAGACUGUUGAGGAGGGAUCUGGAGAAACUCAGGACCAGAUUGUUGCAGGCGAGCACCAGUCUGUUAUUGCUGAUAAAGGCAAUGAAGCGAGAUCCAUGGAGGAAGUCAGAACUGAAGAUCAGGGUCAAAGUCAUAGGGUGCCUUUACCUAGGCCUAGCUUGAUGGCGUGGAACAGUACUGCCUGUGCGCAGGAGUGGGAUGAUGGAUCGAUUGAAUCCCUUUCUGAAGAAUCCACAAAUCAUUCACAAGGAAUCCAUUUGCCCAGCCCAAGGACCAGGCAUGUUUCCCCUUUGAGGAUGGACGAAGCUGGUAAAAGAUUGAUGAAGAGAAAAAAUAAGAAGUGGACUCUAUUAGAAGAGGAAACAUUGAGAGAGGCAGUGAAUAAGUAUGGUCAAGGAAACUGGAAAUUGAUUUUAAAUUGUUAUUCUGAAAUAUUUGAUGGUAGAACACAGGUAAAUUUGAAGGACAAAUGGCGGACUAUGAUGAAUAGUAAAAGGGGUCUGGAUGCAUCAAGAGCCUAAAUGUACAUGACACUUCACAAGCUAGUUCAGGCUCAAGCAAGAGUUAUAUUGGCAAAUCCAUCAAACAUUUGUUUGAGACUGUCGGACCAGUAUGUAAAUGCAUACUCCUUGUAUUGGUAAAUGUAUUACGGAGAGAUACCAAAAAGCUUAAUUGAAAGUCUUCUUUAUUAUUGUUUUAGAGAGGGCCAUCCCUUUCGUAGAUGCUGAUUUUGCUAAUUCCCGGAUGGCAUUAGUGUUCUUGGAUCCCUGGGUUCGCAGAUAAUUUUGUGUGAGAUAGACUCUUUAAGAAGUCUGAUGCAGAAUAUAGGGCACUGGCUUACUCAACAGUGGAGUUACAUGGAUAAAUUACUUAAGGUUUUCUAGGUUUAUCUGCACAACCCAACCAUUUAUGUAAUUGCUAUUACUUCCAGUACCUCUUAUUGCUAACCCUAAUAUUAUACCUUGCCAGAACAAUUGUAUUAUGUUAUCAGGAAACCUUGUAAAGUAACAAUGGCUCUCUUGCAACCUGUUGAUAGUAGAAGUUAUCUUUUUGAAAUGGAUACCAGAAGGCAUCUUCAUGGCUUUUAUUCGUA